AUGAAUAUUCUUUUUGUAGCAUCGAUUGUUUUCGCCUCGUUUAUGGUGACAGUUGUCGCAGAAAGAGCACCGUGCGAAGUUGCUCUCGAACAACUCGCCGACUUUGUGAACUCGGGAAAUUUUGAGAAAGCCAUCGGAUUGUUCGCCGCCAAUGCUCAUGCGCGAUUCUGCGACGACGAAGUGAGCAUAGACGGAAUUCGAGAGGUUCUCAAGGAGUCUGUAACCGGAUUAUACCAUUUGACGACUCUCCCUCUUGACAUUGAUCCUUCAGGUCAAAACCUAACAUACAAAGGUGUCGACAUCUACAACAACGACGACAUCAAAUACUAUUAUGGAGACCUGCGCGUACGAGUUAAUGACGAGUUGAAACUCGAAAUAAUUGAAAUGCACGAAUCUUGCCCUUAUGACGUCAAAGAAUAUCUUCGCAAAAACAAUGUGAAUCCAGUUUAA